GGGCAGGGGAGGGGGGCGAUGGAAAGAGGGGGUGCGGGGCCGAGGGGCAGGCGCUGACAGCUGCUUUCCCCGCACCCACAGUCCCCUCCCCCGGUGCCGCCGUAGGGUGGGACUCCCCGGCGGGCCGCCGUCUCCCGUCCUGCUCCCAACCCCCCCCCGCCCCCCUCCCGCUGCUGCCCGGCGCCGGGGGUCGGUGCUGGGGCGGGCGUCCCCGACGGGACGCGGCACCCCCGGGACGAUGCCCCGGUUCGGCGGGGGCCGGCCGGCGGCUCCGCGCCUCGUCCCGGCCGCCGCCGCCGUCCUCCUGGGCGCCCUCUGCCUGCCCGGGGCGCCGGCCUCCUCCCUGCUCACAGGAUCCGUUGCAAAAUGUGAAAACGAAGGGGAAAUUCUGCAGAUACCGUUUAUCACAGACAACCCUUGUAUAAUGUGUGUUUGCCUGAAUAAGGAAGUGACAUGCAAGAGAGAGAAGUGUCCGAUGCUCUCCAAAGACUGUGCCCUCGUAAUUAAGCAGAGAGGAGCUUGCUGUGAGCGUUGCAAAGAUUGUAGUUUUGGAGGAAAUACGUACAACAGCUCUAUGAAAUGGCACCUCCCUAGCAAUCCCUGUGUUACAUACCAGUGCCAGGAAGGAGUGAUAGUAGAGUCGGAGGUACAGUGUGUUGUUCAUUGCAAAAACCCUUCCAAACUCACGGGAAUGUGUUGUCCUGUGUGUCCAGGUUGUAUAUUUGAAGGGAGACAUUACAAUGAGGGAGAAGAAUUUAGGCCUGAAGGAAAUAAAUGUACGAAGUGCUCUUGCAUUGGUGGCAGGACACAGUGCAUCCGAGAAGUCUGCCCGAUUCUCUCAUGUCCCCAGCACCUCAGUCAUAUUCCUGCUGGUCAGUGUUGCCCCAAAUGCUUAGGACAGAGGAAAGUGUUUGACCUCCCAUUUGGAAGCUGCCUUUUCCACAGUAAUGUAUAUGAUAAUGGGUCCUCAUUUAUUUAUGACAACUGCACAACGUGUACAUGCAAGGAUUCAACAGUGAUAUGUAAGAAGAGGUGUUUACUUGCUGGUGAAUGCAAUGAAAACAAAGAGCACUGCUGCAAGGAGUGUGUCUCAUAUAUCUCUCCUGAGGAAGCAAAAGUGUGCAAGUUUGGCAAUAAGAUCUUCCAGGAUGGAGAGAUGUGGUCCUCUGUGAACUGCACCAUCUGUGCUUGUGUGAAAGGCAAGACAGAGUGUCGCAAGAAACAGUGCAUUCCAGUCAGCAGCUGUCCUCAUGGUAAAAUCCUGAACAGAAAAGGAUGCUGUCCUAUUUGCACUGAAAAGCCUGGAGUUUGCACUGUAUUUGGAGACCCUCACUACAACACUUUUGAUGGACGGACAUUUAACUUUCAGGGAACAUGUCAGUACGUUUUGACGAAAGACUGCUCCUCCUCUGCCUCGCCCUUUCAGGUGCUGGUAAAAAACGAUGCCCGUCGGACCCGUUCUUUCUCCUGGACAAAGUCAGUGGACCUUGUGUUGGGCAGAAGCACUGUCAGCCUCCAGCAGCACCUCACAGUGAAGUGGAAUGGGACCCGCAUCUCACUACCUUGCAAGACACAGCAAUUUCAGAUCGAUUUGGAUGGUUAUUUGCUGAAAGUGACAACCAAAGCAGGCUUAGAAAUCUCAUGGGAUGGAGACAGUUUUGUGGAAGUCAUGGCUGCACCGCAUCUGAAAGGCAAACUCUGUGGUCUGUGUGGCAAUUACAAUGGGCAUAAGCGAGAUGACCUGAUUGGGGGGGACGGGAAUUUUAAGUUUGAUGUGGACGACUUUGCCGAAUCCUGGCGCGUGGAGUCCAAUGAGUUCUGCAGCCGCCCGCAGAGAAAACCUGUGCCCGAACUCUGUCAUGGGACAGUCAGGGUGAAACUCCGAGCUCACCGGGAAUGCCAGAAACUCAAAGCAUGGGAGUUUCAGAGCUGUCAUUCAACGGUGGAUUAUACCACAUUUUACCGGUCCUGUGUGACAGACAUGUGCGAAUGCCCAGUCCAUAAAAACUGCUACUGCGAGUCAUUCCUGGCAUAUGCCCGAGCCUGCCAGAGGGAAGGGCUGAAAGUCCAGUGGGUACCAGAGCAGAACUGUGCAGCGACCCAGUGUAAACACGGUGCAGUUUAUGAUACCUGUGGUCCAGGAUGUGUCAAAACAUGUGACAACUGGAACGAGAUUGGCCCAUGCAACAAGCCCUGCGUUGCAGGGUGCCACUGUCCAGCAAAUUUAGUUCUUCACAAAGGAAGAUGCAUCAAGCCAGUCCUGUGCCCACAGCGAUGACAUCAGUUCACUUUCCACGGACACUAAUGUGGGUGGUCACUGACCCCUUUGAUGCUCACAGCCAGUGAAGGACUCCGGCUAUUUGUGUGCAGAUUCUGCAAAGUACCUGUCUACUCACAGAGUGUAAAUAUGCUCCUGUGUGUGUAUUUAUGUGUGUUUAUGUGUACACACAUGGCACCUAGAAAGAUAUAUGAAUGAAUACUGUGUGUAUGUAGACACACAUAUCUAUACACAAGUGCCCUAAACGUAAGUACAACCCAUAUAUUUAUAUAUAUAUGUCCACACACAAAUAUACAUCAUUUCUAUAUAUCAUAGAAGGAUGAAUUAUUAUAUGUAUAUUUUUUGCUAUAAAGUUUAUGUAUUAUUAUUUCUAGGACCCUGAUCUGUAAGUCAUUGUAUAAAUAAACCAGGUGUUUUUAAUAUAAUACAGUGGCAUGAAAAGAUUGGAUGACUUUGCCAUUGCAUAGGUUUGUCGUUUCCAGGGAAACUUUUCUAGGGCCAUAGCGCUGCCAGACUGGAUUAGUUUCAACACAGAACCUGGAUUUACAGUUGUACAGGAAACACAUUUCUCUGGAGAUGGAGGAUUUAUCUAGGAAUAUUUCAUGCGUACCUUAGAGCUGCACAGUGAUUGGUGACAGUGCUUAAUCAGGCAGAGAAAGCUGGGGAUCGGCUUUUAUGCUUUACUGAAAUCACUGUGCAAAAGGAUUUCCAAAGCUGGUUGGCCAACUGCCAGCAUAGAGAUAUUUUUUUCUGGAACGGCACCAAAGAGUCAGGGGCCAGAUUUUCAAAAGUGUUCAGCAUCCAGCAGCUCGCUUUGAAAAUUUGACCACUUCCCAUUUCAUAUCCUAAUGCCCCGUCUCUCUUGUUGUGUUUGGCAGUAGCUGUGAAUACACAAUAAGGAGCUUGAAGAAAAUAUUCAUGUACAUAUUAGUCCCUUUAACAUGUUUGAAACUGCUGGGUUUGUUUCAUAUUUCCCCCAAAUAUUAUGCAGAAAGCAAAUCCCACUGUGAAUUGAAGUGUUUUAUUUCAGUGUGCCUUCAAACAUGAAAUAAUGCCGGGUUUAGUAACUCAUUUAAUUUAUCAGCAUGGUUUAGAAGAAAGACAAAUUCACCCCACCAAAAAAGCAGUAGAGAAUGUCAAAUGCUAAUUGGAGAACUGGAAUUUAUUUCCUUACUGGUCUUUUGCUUGAGGUUUACGAACAUGUGGGCUCUGUGAAGUUUGGAUGACUUUUGAAGUCUCCCAGGGGAGAAGCAAUAAUAUGGGAUUUCAUUAGAAACUAUUAAAAAAGCCAUACAACUUUCUCAAGCUUGAAGGGAGGGGGGUUAUUUUUCUUCCACUGGAAAACCUCUUGUAGAGCCUGAUGGAACGGUCUCUGGAGAUGACAGAAAUCUUUGGGCAUCUGAUUUAGGUUUAUAAUGAAGUAAUAUCCUCCCACACAGCUACUUCCAUUAUGCCUUGCAUUAAAAUUGCACAUUGUAAUGCUUUGAACAAUUUUCUCCUUUAAUUCUUCACUCUCCAGGAAGUUUCACAGGGUCUGAGUUUACAGCGAGUGACUGGGUGCAACACACUUGGGCUAUACAACCUGUCUGUGAUCCCAUCCUGGAGGAAGAUGCUGAGUGAGCCUGGUUAGCUUAGGCACCACACUACCCAAAAUGCUGCACCACCACAGUGUUAAAAAAAGCUGGGCAAAUAAUGCCAGGAGCAUUCCAUGGACGUUUAUCCAAAUAUUAAAUAAACUCAGCUUGAUCUUUUUAUGUCCCCUUUGUGUUCGUUUUCUCGGAACAAACAAAUAAUUUGGUUUUACUGGCAGAAAGGGUUUCAAAGCCGCAUACACAAGUGCACUGGGAAGCAGAAUUGCCAAUGUGCAGAUCCCACCAAAGCAGGAAACUAGAAGAGUUUUAUGUGGCUCAUGUGAUAAUUGAAUGGCAAAGCUGAAAUUUAGAACAAUUGCAACUGGCCCAAGGAGUUAAAACAAAAAAUGUCAGUCAUUAAAAUAAUUUAAAGCAUCGGUUAGACAAAACAAUAUUUCAGCGUGUGAGCUUUUGAUGCUGAGAUAUGGGGUCUAAGCCAUUAAAGGGGUUAUUUGCCCAGCUAUAGUUUAGGAUAGAUUUUCAUUACUGAUAGAUUUUAAUUACUUACUACUUAGUGUUCCCAAAAUAAAAAUACAUGCAAAGUGAAUUGCAUACAUGAACUGUGUAUAGAACUGUCCUUCCUUUUUCUUCUCCUGACUGAUGAAGGUGAGUGAAAGGUGGAGAGCCCUCUGGCUGUCUCAGUCCACUGAUGGCACUCAAUCAACAUGUAAUUGACACCAGGUGAAGAGGUGACUCAGUCUAUCUGUAGGAUGAACUCUAUUUUCAAAUCUUAAAAUGGUUCAGUUUGAAAUCUCACCUACAGGUCAUCUCACAAUGAGGACUCAUUCCUCAGUUUAGCUUUUUCACAUCUGCCUAAUUAAGGGUAAGCCCCUGCUUUUUGCUUUAGUGAUGUAUACUGAGGAAGAGAGGAAUGUGGUUUUACCUCUAAGCUGUCUGAUUGUACCCUUAUGGUACUGCAAAGCUCUUUCCUCCAGACUGUGGUUUUCAAGGUAACAGUGAGGGCUGUCAUCUGCUCAGUUCACAUGUACAGUCUAAGGUAAAGGAGUUCUGCUUUUCUAGAAAUUGUCCCCAAGUUUCAACUUGGCACAGGUUUUAUAUCCAUAUCUGUAGUUAGCCUGUGCCCAACGAGCUAUUCAGAGCAGAUCAGUCCCAGCUGGGGCUGUCUCACUCCGCUCUCCUGUUUGCCUCUCUUCUUCCAGGCUUUUCAGAUGUUGAAAGUCUAGCCCAAUAACAUCAAUAACAGCAUUACCGCUGGCCUCAUAGAGUUUGGGUUGCAGCCCAUCUUCCUCCCUAGUGGAGCAUUCUUUCUAGUUCUGCCGUCUUGGCUUAUGAAAUAUUACCCCUAGGAUGCUAGAGUUGGAAACUUCCUGUGUAUCGCUGGGGAGUUAUUUUUGACAAAAUUCACUGAUAAUCCAAGUUUAGUAUGCUAAAUGUGUUUAGUAUGCAAUAAUGUGUUUUUAAUAAUAGCAUAAGUUUGAUGAUCCAUAUGGUAUAUUCACCAUGCAGAACGGAUGGUUGUGUAAGUUUUGGUCUUGAUUAUGCUUAUGUCAAUCCGUGCAUAUAACUUUGUGCCAGUUUGUAAGGUGAAAUAUAUUUGAAGGAGCAGAGGUUCCAACCAAAGAACGAUCCAAAAGGAAAGUCUGAGAAACAGCUCUGUAAUCCAAUGGAUGGAAUCAAGGAAAGACUUGGAUCGAUAGCUUCACCAUUAACCUGCUAUGUGUUCCCUGUCAAGUCAUUUAAUACACUGUACUUCACUGGGGAAAUGAGGCUCCGGGUUUAUGCACCUUUUUGACAUUUAAAGAUAAAAAAAUGUUCUAAAAUGCCAUACGUCACCAGGGGAACGUCACCUGGUAUUUUACCAAUCUACUCAGGUCUGCUUUGCAUGAGGUUGUCCCAUAUCUCCCUUCUCAUCAUUGCUUCAAAAUCAGCUUUUAGCUGGCAUACAUGGAGGUCAAAUUCAUUUAAUUCCUCCUCAUUAACUUUCAGUUGUGUCUAUUUUUGUCAUAUAUAUUGAGUUUUAUAAACCAUGGGACAAGCCAUAGCCAAGCAGAGCACUUUGAGUUGCAGCCCGACUCUGUAGGUACUCCCACAUCUUCCAAGACUACUUCCUACUUCUGUAGAGUAAGGUAAGCCCCUGGAGCAACAAAUGAAAAGAUUCUUAAUAUCCUAUCCAAAUGUGACCCUAUCCUUGCAUGACAUAAGUAAUUUCCAGUAGAUAACCUAAAAAAAGUAAGUUCUCAUCAGAGGCUUUUCUGCUUUCUUUGAACGCAGGAUUCAAAUGCACCUUGAUAUUGCUUGGCUUUUCACUGACAGAUCCUGACACUUGCAAUAGCUGGACUGGUCUUGAGUGACUGUACAGGGAUAAUUGUUUUUGCCUUCAUCGAAAGUGGAAGCGGUUAUAUCAGAGCUAACAGAUAUGAGAAUAACAGCCCAGGCAUUUGCAGCCAGACAGGCUGGGAAGAGAGACAGUCAACGGCAUUUAGCACUGAAGUGGUGAGAUGUUCCAGGUCUUUCAGGAACAGUCCUGACUAAGGGGCCAUCAUGCCAAGGACUCAGUAUUUGACAAACAGGAACUUUACAUUACAUAAUGCUGAUCAACCUCUUGUUCUGCUAUCCCUGAUCUUACCAUUUUAGAAAGCCCUGUGGUGAGAUUGACGUUUCUGCUUCCUCACAGAAACUUUUCCAGUCUAUGACUGCAAAUUUUUCAGGACAAAGGCCUAACUGUGCUGCCAUUACAGAAUUCAUUCUCUCUCUGUGUAAAGGCUGUUGUACAGAUUAGUAGUUCUAGCUCAAUAAUCACCUGGUUUCCUGCAGGAUAUGUGUUUUAGUGAACACACAUCAUUUCCCAGUCUACAACUCUCAGAACAAAGGCCACAAAUGCGCUUUUAUAUCUAGUCUUGCUCCUGGCUUUGAGAUAAAAUUGCAACUUCUACUUACUGCUCAGAGGGCGCAAGUUUUCUUUUUGACAACACCACUUUUUGACCACACCGCUUUUACCAGGCAGCAGUGUUGCUCAGCGUCAAGCAGCAUCUUAGGAACUCUAAGCAAUGUUAAACAUGACACGUAGUAUUUGCUAUUUGCAUGACUCUACCCUUUUCAUUGUGAGUCGUAAGUUAAUGCUAGCCCUGCCUACGGGAGGAAGUUGGCCCUAAUGGAGUGUGGUGGGGUGACACUGUAUAAUUGCCAUUAUCAUUGGUAGCGCUUUGUAUUUCCCUAAGUGAUGCUUAUACCUGGGCGCCAAUAUAAUUUGGUUCUGCACAUGGAGGUGAAAUGAUGGGAAUGUAGGAAUUUCCUGCCCAGAUAGAUCCACACUUUUUCUUAUCCAGUGGUGAAGAAAUGCUUCAAAGCGUGCUUCAAACAGCAGUAUGUGAUCCUCAUAAUGGACAGCUAUGCAACAACCUGUUCAUAGCGGUAAUUUAGCCUUAUACUCUGGCAGUAAGUGGUUGGUACUUUAAUGACCCAAUCGUUCGCAGCACUUAACUAUGUGCUCAAACUUUAAAUAACCUCGUUUGCUUCAGAGGGGCAAUGUGCAUGCUGACUUUUAACCACAUGCUUAAAUGGUUUGCUGGGUCAGGGCCAGACAGUUCAGUGUCUGGCAGGAUCAAGUAUUAAACCUCAUAGCAUGGUAUUUCUUAUUUCUUCAUGAUUUCUAUACAUAGAUGUAUUUCCUGAUCAUGCUGCUAUCUACUGCUAGACCAUCAUAGAAGUCAAGGCUUUCUGAAGCCUUUUUUUUAAGACUGUAGAAAAUUGGAGACAUUUUUUCUAUUGAUUUUCAAUGUCAACAUAAUAAUUUCUUACAUUAUGUUGUCAUUUCCGACCCUAUUUUAUUUCUUGUUAUUGUUAAAAGAAAGGGACAUACUGGACUUCAUUUCUUCUUUAGCACUGGUAAAAGCAGGGAGCACUUUCAGUGAGUUAACUGUUGCUAGCUACACUACUUUUAAACUGGUUUGAGAUCAUGCUAACACUAUCCUGGCUUUAUAGGCAUGGAAGUAAUCCACAAUCCUGGUGUGGCUGCCCUCAUUAGACUUCUAAUUGCUUCUGAUUGCUUCUAGCCACAGUUCAAUACAAAUCUCUGAUAACACUGUAUUAGGAUAAAAGCAUCUGCAGCCCAAAUCAGUAUAAAUAAUUUGCUACAAGAGAUAAUGGUUUAUAAAUGAAGGGGGGGAAAUGGUAAUUUGUUGUACUUAACUUACUUUCACAAAAACUUUGAUAAACUGUAUCAAGGAAAAAAGGAAGAGUGACUAUAGAAACUGAUGAAGAAAAGAGAAUUUUGAAACUAAAGGAGAUUUUUAGUACUUAGUUCAAGUAUUCAACUUCUUUGAUGAGUAUUGUUGAGUGGCAUUCAAACCCAUAAAAAUUCUUGAUUGGAUUCUACAGAAUAUGGAUCAAAACCAAGAAGCGGGUAUGCACUGAUACAGCUCUACAGUUAAAAUUGCACUGUGUGUUGAAUGAAGUGGAAUAAAUGAGUAGAGUUUGAAGGAAAUUAUUAAAUUACUUCUCCCAUCUUAGGCAUCUGAAUGUUUGCUAGUUUGGGAUAUAAACAUGCAGGUGUUUGGACCCCACCAUGUCUGAUGUACAGCCCUGACUUUCUUCGUAUUGGUCUGCAUCAAGAAUAACUCCAGAGAAACCCAUAGAAUACUACUUAUUUCAAAAAACAAGAUGUGCUUUUUCUUUUUUUCAUUUCUUGUUCAUUAUAAUUAACUGUUACCCUGCAAAUGAUCAAGGGGAAGAGAAGCUGCAGGGGAAAUUACAGUGUAUAUCCCAUAUAUUAGAUGUUUGAAGCCAUUAUUGUAUGGAUGGGUUACUUGAAAUAUUUUAUAUGCAAUUUGUUGAGAAUGCUCUGUAGUGUCAAGAGCAUCACUGCAGAAUGUUUACAUUUUAAUGUGUAGAAUUGCUUUGCUUACUCAUGCUAAAUUUUUAACAGAUUUCACCUGAGGUGCAUUCAUGUAAAUACAAAAUCUAUUUAAAAUUUUACUAAAUUUCUGUCUUCAGUACGUGUCAGUUUAUAUCUUUGUUGAAUUUGAAAUGAUUAUGUAGUUUAAUGUAUCUUACAGAACCACAAAACUGUGCAGUAACUUUGACAUGGUUUGUCUUUGAGUGUCUAUACAGUUAUUGCAAGAAUAUUGUACUAAUAUAAUUUUGUAAAAGUAGGAUUGUGAUGAGUAUGUUUGUAAAGACAUUAUUUAUUCCCUCAUAAACUUAAUAUUUAUUAUCUUUA